ACAUCAACAACCACCACCACCACCACCAUUAACGUUCUACUCCGUUUUCUUGGAUGCAUAAGCAACAAAAGGGUCACAGUCUCUCGCUCUUGUCGUUGAAUUUUAGGAUCUGCAAAAAACCCACAUAAUUUUUGGCCGGAGAGAAGGGGAUGGAAUCGCCGCCGGUGAUGAAGAAGGUUGGUCAAGGAGGUGGGUCUUCGGAAAGUGGAGGAUCGGAGAGUGGGGCGGAGGAGAAGGUGUCUAGUCGGACGAGGUUGGAAUAUUUCGGAUGGGUUUAUCAUUUGGGCACCAAUUCAAUUGGCCGCGAGUUUUGUCAUCUUCGAUUUCUGUAUAUCCGAGGGAAAUACGUGAUGAUGUAUAAGCGCGAUCCUCAUGAAAACCCCGGCAUUAAACCAAUAAGGAGGGGUGUCGUUGGGAACACCCUUAUGGUGGAGGAGCUAGGACGACGAAAGUUCAAUGAUGGUGAUCUUUAUGUUUUAAGGUUCUACAACCGAUUGGACGAGGAGAAGAAAGGAGAAAUUGCUUGUGCUUCAGCUGGAGAAACCCGAAAAUGGAUGGAAGCAUUUGAUCAAGCAAAACAACAGGCCGAGUUUGAGCUUUCUCAAAGUUCUACCAGACACAGAUUGAGCAUGGAAAAUGAGAUUGAUCUUGAAGGGCGUCGCCCUAGAGUAAGGCGAUAUGCACAUGAUCUAAAGAAGCUGAUAAGAAUAGGACAUGGUCCAGAGACACUUGUCCGAAGAUCAUCAAACUUGGGCCGGCAUCAUAGGUCUAGUGACUUCAUGGAAGGAGAUGCUGCAGAUGCCAUUGAAGCACAUGAGUGGAGAUGUGUCCGCACAGUCAAUGGUGUCAGAAUCUUUGAGGAUGUGUCUGACUAUAAGCGCAGCAAAACUGUACUCGUCAAGGCCGUCGGUGUUGUUGAUGCAAGUCCAGAUACUGUCUUUGAGGUGGUUCUGAACCUUGAUCGACAUAGGAGAUAUGAGUGGGAUACAUUGACUGGUGACUUAGAGCUUGUAGAUUGUUUAAGUGGACAUUCUGAUGUUGUUUAUGGUUCUUAUGAUCCCAGAUGCUUAACUAGUCAAAAACUGAUGUGCUAUACUUAUAGGUGGCAGUCUAAGCGCGAUUUCAUUUUCUCUAGGCAAUGGUUUCGUGGACAAGAUGGAGCAUACACAAUUUUGCAAUUUCCAGCGAUACAUAAGAAGCGACCUCCAAAAUCAGGAUAUCGGCGAAUAAAAAUUAAUCCUUCUUCUUGGGAGAUCAGAAAUCUAAGAGCAUCGGCUGGCACAAAUGGUGAUAGAUGUCUUGUGACACAUAUGUUAGAGAUAAAUUCGGGAGGAUGGUUUAAGUGGAAACGUGAUCAAUGCUCAAAGUUUGAAAAGUCGAUUCCUUAUGCCUUGUUGAACCAAGUGUCAGGUUUAAAGGCAUACAUCGGGGCAAACCCUGCACUUACUUUUGAAUCUUCCACCACACUUGUGGAUACUAAAGUCUCUGAUGCUUCUGGAUCCAUUAGUGAGUUUGAGGAUGCCGAAGUUGCUGAGGAGUUCUAUGAUGCAAUUGCUGCUGAUUCAUCAUCAUCUUCAGAUGAUGAGGAAGAGGAAGAUGACGAUAAUGCUCAACUUGACAGCAAGGGCCAGAGAGUGAAGCUGAAGAAUGUUUCAUGGGCUAUUGCUCGCUUGGCUCUAAAGGCGAAGAAAGCUAUGGAUGCAAACAAUGAGUUAGAUCCAACUGUAGAUCCAGUUACUCUUGCUCCUAGCGAUUUUUCUGGUUCGAUGCACCAAGGGAAGGGUGAUGCUGAUACCAAUUGUUGGACGUCUCCAAGUGGUAAUGGAUUUAAAAUUCGAGGAAAGACAUACUUGAAAGAUAGUACUAAGGUACCCGGAGGGGAUCCCCUUCUGAAGCUUAUGGCAGUUGACUGGUUUAAACUUGAAACUUCAAAGAGUAAAGUUGCUUUGCAUCCCAAAUGCCUUGUUCAGUCGGAAGCUGGGAAGAAACUUCCAUUCAUCCUUGUCGUGAACCUGCAGGUUCCCGCUAAACCAAACUACAGCCUAGUUCUUUACUAUGCCGCAGACAGGCCUGUAAAUAAGAACUCAUUGCUGGGGAAAUUUAUUGAUGGGAGCGACGCAUUUCGUGAUUCAAGAUUCAAACUGAUCCCGAGCAUUGUACAGGGAUAUUGGAUGGUCAAGCGUGCAGUCGGGACAAAAGCUUGCCUCUUGGGGAAAGCCGUAACAUGCCACUACCUAAGACAAGACAAUUUUUUAGAGAUUGAUGUAGAUAUUGGGUCUUCAUCGGUUGCAAGGAGUGUGAUCGGUCUAGUUCUUGGAUACGUUACAAGCCUUGUUGUUGAUCUUGCCAUCUUAAUUGAGGGAAGAGAGGAAAAAGAACUACCGGAAUACAUUCUUGGAACGGUGCGACUGAACAGAGUGAGGCUGGAUACUGCUGCUCCUCUUGAAAAUUAACAUUCAUCAACAAUACGUGCUUUGUUGUAGCAUACAGAUAUAUGUACAAUCAAAUCUGGACUUGCAUUGCUACUUCUAAAUAAUCUGGACUUGUAUUC